GCUACAGGAAGUGUCUAUUGGUUUGUCUGCAGCAAGACAUCAUGGCGGUCAGAGCUCUGUGCAUCAGACUGUUGAUGACUGUCCUGAUCCUGUUGUGUGCAUAUGCGCAGAAAGUUGAUGCAGUUUCUCUUCGUAUUGUUCCAAACAAAUCCCAGUUUUUUGAAUAUGAGUCAGUUAGCUUUUACUGUGAGGAGAUCUCUCGUGGACACGUGUUACAUAAGAUAAAAGAGGAAGUAGAGCAAUGCAACAAAACCAGUAAGAAAACAAUAGUAACGACAACAGGAUCAAAGUGCACCAUUCAUCCUAUUUAUACAAGUGACAGUGGAGAAUACUGGUGUGGGACAGCAGGAGGGAAGAGAAGCAACAAUGUCAACAUCACUGUCACUGAUGGUUCUGUGAUCCUGGAGAGUCCUGCUGGUCCUGUGAUGGAGGGAGAAGCUGUGACGCUGCGCUGCAGAAACAAGAUGCUUUCCUCCAGCAUCGCAGCUGAUUUCUAUAAAUAUGGACAUCACAUAGGGAGCAGCUCAGUAGGAAACUUCACCAUCCACAGAGUUUCCAAGGGAGAUGAAGGACUUUACAAGUGCAAGAUCUCAGGAGGUGGAGAAUCACCAGAGAGCUGGCUGUCUGUCUCUGUGCCAUGUCUCACAGACUUUAAGCAAAGCUGUUGA